GUAACAUUCAAAAUGUAUGGGGCUUUAUGUACAGUACAUUUUUUUUUAUUUUUCUCCACACUUCAGUUUUCUCUAUUUUGGAGUUAGACACGGAUCUGUGAGAUCUAGAGGAAGAAGAAGAAGAAGAAGCUGAGACAAUGGCAUCCAUGGCAGGACCAGAUCAUCUCUUUAACCUGAGAAACCAUUUUUACUUGGGAGCUUAUCAAGCGGCGAUCAACAACAGCGAAAUCCCUAAUCUUUCGCAGGAAGAUAUCGUCGAGCGAGACUGUCUCGUCCAUCGCGCUUACAUCGCUCUCGGAAGCUAUCAGCUUGUCAUCAGUGAGAUCGAUGAAGCGGCUGCUACUCCUCUACAGGCAGUGAAACUCCUUGCUAUGUAUCUAGCGAGUCCUGGAAACAAGGAAUCAACCAUUUCGAGCUUGAGAGAAUGGUUGGCAGAUCCAACUGUAGGAAACAAUGCUAUUAUUCGGUUGAUUGCUGGUACUAUAUUCAUGCAUGAGGAAGACUAUAACGAGGCUCUGAAGCACACUCAUUCUGGAGGAACCAUGGAUCUGCAUGCUUUGAAUGUCCAGAUAUUCAUAAAGAUGCAUAGAUCAGAUUAUGCAGAGAAACAGCUAAGAGUGAUGCAACAGAUUGAUGAAGACCACACACUCACUCAACUCGCGAGCGCUUGGUUGAACCUGGCAGUAGGUGGUUCCAAAAUACAGGAAGCUUAUCUAAUCUUCCAGGAUUUCUCUGAGAAGUACCCAAUGACAAGUUUGAUCUUGAACGGCAAAGCAGUUUGCUGCAUGCAUAUGGGUAAUUUUGAAGAAGCUGAGACUCUACUACUUGAAGCACUCAACAAGGAUGCUAAAGACCCAGAAACUCUUGCAAACCUAGUUGUAUGCAGCCUUCAUGUCGGGAAAUCAUCUUCGCGAUACCUAAACCAGCUGAAACUUUCACAUCCAGAACACGUCCUUGUGAAGCGAGUAGCAUCAGCUGAAGAUAACUUCGAGAGAGCUCUUCAAUCUUUCGCCUGAAGGACCUCAAAAUCCAUGGAAUCAAUUUGCUUUAUAAUCUACCAGCAGAACAUCAUAUUCUUACCAGCCCUGUCUUGAAAUUAUCAUAUAUGAACAGUUUUUUUUUUUUUCCAUCGGAUAUGUUGCAUUUGAAUUUGAUUUCUCACUGAAGCUUUUGUUGUCAUUGAGUUUCGAAUCCAACAAAACUAGAGAUCUUGUUCCUUAAUA